UGUUUUGUGCUGUACAUAACAUAACCUAUAAAUAAUUUUUUUUUAGAUGAAUGUGAGUGUAUUUUUUUGUAAGUUAUCAAUAAAAAGAGCCGGUAGCUUGAAGCUGGUUUACGAUGAUAUAAGCUUCAAUUUGACUGCUAAAAUCAAAUCAACAUGUCUACAGCAGCUUUGCUACAUUUCGUAACGAAUUUAAAAUCUCGUCACGAAUCUGUGAGACUCAAAACUGUUAAGGAAUUAUCCCUUUACGUGAAGAAUGAACUGAGAGAAGCUACACCAGAUGAAAUUAAUAGCUUUCUGGAUGAAUUUUACCACCACAUAUUCGAAAUGGUCAAAUUCAAUAAUGAUGUGAAUGAAAAGAAAGGAGGAAUUCUUGCUAUCAUGUGCCUUAUUGGAGCUGAUGUAGGUGAUACAACAUCAAGAUUUGGUCGUUUUGCAAACUAUCUCAGAAAACUUCUUCCAUGUAAUGAUGUUGGAGUGAUGGAAUUAGUGGCAAAAGCUAUGGGAUAUUUAGCUAUGGUAUAUGGAUCCAAAGCUUCAGAAUAUGUACAAUUUGAAGUUAAAAGAGCAUUUGAAUGGCUACAGGAUGAUAAAGCUGAUGGCAAACGGCAUGCUGCAGUUCUAGUCCUAAGAGAACUAGCUAAUACUAUGCCAACAUAUUUUUACCAGCAUGUGUCUCAGUUUUUUGAGCUUAUCGUGAAUGCAGUGGCAGAUCCAAAGAUUGCUAUUCGCGAAGGAGCUGUGGAAGCUUUAAGGGCUGCACUUGUUGUCACAGCACAAAGGGAAAUAGGCAAGCAGCGAGUCAAUUGGUACAAGCAGUGUUACGACGAUUCUGGCAAGCUAUUAUUAGCAGAAAAAGGCGAGAAGUUGAAGGACGAAAGAAUCCACGCAUUUCUUUUGAUUCAAAACGAACUUCUGCACCUAGCCAACGCGUCAUGGGAGCGAAAAUACAAUGCACUGUUUGAAAGCACCGACCCUAAAAGAUCAACAGAAGUUGAGCAUUUUAGCUUCAACCGCCCUCCAUUCAUGUAUCCUAAUCGAAACAAAAAAGUAGCCAAUCACGACGUAACGUCUGCUUUACAUCCAGAUAAACCUAUCAUCAUCGAGUCUUCUACGUGUCGUCAAUUGGUAGCGGAAAAAUUCGAGUACAUUUGUAUAGAAGUCAUGCAGCAGAAAAACUCAAGGUGUCAUUACGUACAACAGACUUUGUUGACCAUCCUUCCGAGACUAGCGGCUUUUGAUAGAAAAUGUUUUGUUAAAAAGCAUCUGGCUGGAGCUAUGAAUUAUCUCUUCGGUAUUCUGAGGGGCAAAGAAAAAGAUAGACACAUGGCGUUUGUCACAAUUGGUUUGAUAGCAGUAGCAGUUGAAGAAGACAUUGAAACUUAUGUCGAUAGAUUGAUGGAGUUAGUAAAAAUGGCGCUUGCCAGAAGUGAAGUUAAUCUAAAGAAGCGCUCCAUCGUAGAUUGUUGCGUUUUUAAAUGCAUUACAUUCCUAGGAUUAGCGCUAAAGUCUCAUGAAAAGAUGGAUGUUCCGAAUAUCCUAGAACAAAUGCUCGCCACUGGCUUAAGUACCUCACUUACCAUUUGUCUUAGAGAACUAGCCAAAAGAGUACCGGCUCACAAGGAUAAAAUUAGCCUGGGACUGUUGAAAAUGCUGUCACAGAUAUUACUUAACAAACCUUUGGUACAUCCUGGCAUGCCUCGUCAUUUAACAAGUAACAUCCCACUUACUGCAUCUUCUGACAGUUAUGACACGCAGAUAAUUGUUUUGGCAUUGCACACCUUGGGUACUUUUGACUUUGAGGGGCAGCGCUUGUUGCCAUUUGUUCAGCGCUGUGCCAAUUAUUUUCUUGUCCACGAUCAAACUGAGAUCAGAUUAGAAGCAGUGAAGACGACCUGCCGCUUAUUGAGACACGCAAUCAGAAGUACCGCAAGGAACCCAUCAGAAACUGUCACAAAAACGGUGACAUCCGUUUUGAACCGCCUACUGGGCGUUGGAUUGACCGAUACGGAAUCUAGCGUGAGGUUAGGCGUACUGGUUUCUUUAGAUCCUACUUUCGACCGACACCUCGCUCAAGCCGAGUCUUUAGGGGCAUUAUUCAUUGCGCUGCAGGAUGAAGUAUUCGAGAUUAGGGAGGUGGCUCUUUUUACCAUUGGUAGACUGAGUUGUAUGAACCCGGCGUAUGUGAUGCCCAGUUUGAGGAAAGUUUUGGUUCAGUUGCUCACAGAACUGGAGCAUUCAGGCACCGGAAGAAACAAAGAACAAGGUGCUAGAAUGCUAGAUCAUUUGGUUAUAAGCGCUCCGAGGUUCAUCAGGCCUUACAUGGAAUCGAUCUUAUUGGUCUUAGUUCCGAAGUUGAAAGAACCUGAGCCUAACCCAGGCGUCGUUUUGUCUGUCUUAUUUACUAUUGGAGAUCUAGCUGAAGUGACAGGUGGUGACUCAGAGCUUCAAGAGUGGAUGCACGAACUCAUGCAGAUUUUGUUAGAUAUCUUGGGUGAUGCAUCAGCUCCCGAGAAACGGGCUGCCGCCUUGUGCACUCUGGGACAACUUGUUGGGGCUACUGGCCAUGUGGUUAGACCAUACAAUCAAUAUCCCAUGCUUUUAGACGUGUUGAUGAAUUUCCUGAAGACCGAGCAACAACCCAAUAUCAGGAGAGAAACGAUCAGAGUGCUGGGACUCUUGGGAGCUUUGGAUCCUUACAAACAUAAGAUGCACAGAGGACAAGUAGAUUAUCAGCCAGAAGCUCCUGUUUUGAUCCCCUUGCCAGACAAAAAUGCAGCAGAUGGAGACGGAGAAUUCGGUUUAAGUUCCAGUGAGAUGCUUGUUAAUAUGAGCUCCUGCACUUUAGAAGAAUACUAUCUUGCCAUGGCAAUAGCUACCUUAAUGAAAAUAAUUCGUGACCCUACUCUUUCCCAACAUCACACGAUGGUGGUCCAAGCUGUCACAUUCACUUUUCAAAGUUUAGGCAUCAAGUGCGUCUCUUAUAUUCCCCAAGUACUGCCUAGCUUACUCAACGUAGUUCGAACGGCCGAUGUGAACUUUAGAGAAUUUCUGUUUCAACAACUGGCUCACUUGAUAUCUAUAGUGAAGCAGCACAUAAGGAAUUAUCUAGAUGAUAUCUGUGAUCUGGUAAAAGAGUUUUGGGUACCUAACAGUCCCAUUCAAGGAACAAUCAUACUCUUGUUGGAAUACAUAGCGAUGGCACUUGGUGCUGAGUUUAAAGUGUACCUUCCACGACUGAUCCCUCAAAUCUUAAGGGUAUUAAAUCAUGACACUUCAAAAGAUAAGCAACAUACAGGAAAGUUACUGUGUGCCAUGCACAAGUUUGGCAACAAUCUGGAGGACUACAUGCAUCUCAUUCUCCCUCCUAUAGUGAGAUUAUUCGAUGCCCAAGAUUGUCCAGUAUCCAUAUCCAAACAAGCUCUGGAAACAAUAGAUCAACUGGCUGAGAUAUUAGACUUCUCCGAUUACAUUUCCAGAAUAAUCCAUCCUCUAGUCAGGACGAUCGAUAAUUCACCAGAACUUCGACUAGCUGCAAUGGAUUGUUUGUGUUCGUUAGUGUUGCAGAUGGGUCGGAAGUUUUGUAUAUUCGUGCCUUUGGUACAGAAAGUUCUGAAUAAGCACAAGAUACAAAAUAGACGAUGGGAUAUUCUUGUGUCGCGGAUUGAGACGGAGACGACAAUGGCGGAUGAAAGUGAUCUGGCGUUACCUAGAAGCAAAUCAAGGUCGAAGAACAGAGAAGAUCCGGGAGUGAGUAGCGAUUCCUCUAUGAGUCAGAGACUCAAGGUUUCGGAUAAAAAUUUGCAGGAGGCAUGGACUCCUAACAGACGGGUCUCGAAAGACGACUGGCUCGAAUGGUUGCGCUGCCUCAGUUUGGAGCUGCUCAAGCAAUCACCAAUUCCUGCUUUGCGCUCCUGCUUGCCGCUAGCCCAAACAUACUCCCAACUGUCGAAGGACCUUUUCAAUGCCGCUUUCGUAAGCUGUUGGACAGAGUUGACGGAUGAGAAGCAGAAGAACUUGAUGAAUUGUUUGAUGAUGGCAUUGGAAGUUCCUGACGUGCCGGAAAUCACACAAACUAUUUUGAAUCUGGCGGAAUUCAUGGAGCACUGUGAUAAAGGACCUUUGCCGUUGGAGCCGCAUCUUCUUGGAGAGCAUGCGAUGAACUGCAGGGCAUAUGCCAAAGCAUUACAUUACAAGGAAGAGGAGUUCCAACGUGGUGGAGCUUAUAAUGAUCACGUUGUGGAGUCGUUGAUUUCGAUCAAUAAUAAGUUGCAAGCUAAAGAGGCCGCUGAUGGUUUACUACAGUACGUAAUGCGUCGGGGUGGCGAAGUACAAGUGAAGGUUCGUUGGUAUGAGAAGCUGCAUAAUUGGGAUAAGGCGCUAGGUCUAUAUAAAGAAAAGUUAGAAUCAGGUGGAGAGUUAGAUCAAGAAGCAUGUUUAGGCCAAAUGAGAUGUUUAGAGGCGCUUGGAGAAUGGCAAUCAUUGCAUGAUAUUGUUGAAAAUAAGUUCCAAACGCUCACGGAGGAGAAUCAACAAAAAGCAUGUCACUUAGCAGCAGCAUCUGCUUUUGGAUUACAUAACUGGGAGUCUAUGGAACGAUACGUCAAUAUUAUACCUAAGGAUACUCAAGAAGGAUCUUUUUAUAGAGCCGUUUUAGCUAUUCACAAGGAACAGUAUAAAGUUGCACAAGAUUAUAUAUGUAUGACAAGGGAUAUGCUGGAUACAGAACUAACCGCAAUGGCGGGAGAAAGUUACCAAAGAGCUUACGGUGCAAUGGUUCAAGUACAAAUGCUUAGUGAACUGGAAGAGGUGAUGCAGUACAAAUUAGUACCAGAAAGAAGGCCGACAUUGAAAGAAAUGUGGUGGCAGAGACUUCAGGCAGGACAAAGAUUAGUUGAAGAUUGGCAAAAAAUUAUACAAGUGCAUUCUUUGGUCUUGGAACCCCAUGAAGAUAUCCACACGUGGUUGAAAUAUGCUGCUUUAUGCAGAAAGAGCGGAUCUGUGAGACUCUCGCAUAAAACUUUAGUCAUGUUGCUGGGAUACGAUCCAGAGGAUAACCCUCUACUGUCACUGCCACGUAUCAUGCCUCAUGUAACGUUUGCCUAUACCAAGCACCUUUGGGCUACCGGUAAAAAAUUUAGUGCAUUCCACCAGUUAGAACAAUUCAUGAAUGACUAUAAUCGUCAACCUGUUGAGAGUGGCUUAAGCGCUGAGGAGAGGAAUAGACUGUUAGCACGUUGUUAUUUGAAACUAGGUGGAUGGCAAGAGUCACUGGAAGGAGUUUCUGACAGCUCAAUUAACUAUAUAUUGAACUGUUAUCAACGAGCUACAGAGUACGAUAAAGACUGGUAUAAAGCCUGGCAUUGUUGGGCGUACAUGAACUUUGAGACUGUAUUAUUUUACAAGAAUAAAGAAGAAGGCGAUAAAUCAAAAUUGGAAAAAGAUCCCCAAGAAGCUGAUAAGAGCCUUGACUUGAAUAAACACACAGUUUUGGCAGUUCAAGGAUUUUUCAAAUCUAUAAACCUCUCAAAAGGUAGUUCCUUACAAGACACCCUACGUUUGCUCACCCUAUGGUUCGACUAUGGACACAUCCCUCAAGUGUCCGAAGCCAUUCAAGAAGGCAUCCGUCUUGUCGAGAAAAACACAUGGCUGCAAGUCAUUCCCCAACUCAUAGCCAGGAUCGAUACAAAUAGAGUGUUGGUAUCCAGACUGAUUCACCAUCUUCUGGUUGACAUUGGUAAGACGCACCCGCAGGCUUUGGUGUAUCCCUUGACGGUGGCGACCAAGAGUAACUCGACUAUAAGAAGAAAUGCCGCGCACAAGAUUCUUAAGAGUAUGAGUGAUCAUUCACCUACACUUGUCAAACAAGCCUUGAUGGUUUCUGAAGAACUGAUCAGGGUGGCGAUUUUGUGGCACGAGAUUUGGCAUGAAGGCCUAGAGGAAGCAUCAAGACUGUAUUUUGGAGAACGAAACGUGGAAGGAAUGUUGAGAAUUCUGGAACCUCUUCAUACAAUGAUGCAGAGAGGUCCAGAAACUCUGAAAGAAACAAGUUUCAAUCAAGCUUAUGGUAGAGAUUUGAAUGAAGCCCAUGAAUGGUGCCAAAGAUAUAGGAUUUCUGGUAAUAUUCGGGAUCUUAAUCAAGCAUGGGACUUGUAUUAUCAUGUAUUUCGAAGGAUAUCAAGACAGCUGCCGCAACUAACUUCACUGGAGUUGCAAUAUGUUUCACCUAAUUUGUUAGUCUGUCAAGACCUUGAACUAGCCGUCCCAGGAAGUUAUGCACCAGGGCAGAAGAUUGUUAGGAUUGCUUAUUUCCAUCGCUCUUUGGAGGUGAUAACCUCGAAACAGCGACCCCGAAAGCUAGUUAUAAGGGGAAGUAACGGUAAAGACUACAUGUUUUUAUUGAAAGGUCAUGAAGACUUGCGACAAGAUGAACGAGUAAUGCAGCUAUUCGGACUUGUAAAUACAUUACUGCUGAAAGACCCUGACACUUUUCGUAGGAAUCUAACCAUCCAAUAAGGCAUUCGACACCAUAAGCCAUGAUCUACUUCUAGCCAAGUGUACUUGCAUUUGAUAAACCGGCACUACGUCUCCUAGUGUCGUAUCUUAAAGACAGAUAGCAAGAGGUGAUUCUGGGAAUAAGUAUUUCAAAUCGAUAUGCUGUAAUUCCGUUAAGUACAAAUUCUGGUUUGAUUGGUUGGGUGCCGCACUGUGAUACACUCCACACACUGAUCAGAGAUUAUAGAGAUAAGAAAAAGAUUUUGCUGAAUAUCGAGCAUAGAAUAAUGCUAAGGAUGGCACCAGACUACGAUCAUUUAACUGUGAUGCAAAAAGUUGAAGUUUUUGAGCAUGCUCUGGAACACACGAAUGGCGACGAUCUGGCCAAAUUACUGUGGCUGAAGAGUCCUUCAUCCGAAGUAUGGUUUGAUAGAAGAACAAAUUAUACUCGCUCAUUGGCAGUAAUGUCCAUCGUCGGUUACAUCCUUGGCUUGGGUGAUAGACAUCCCAGUAAUUUGAUGCUUGAUAGAUUGAGCGGGAAGAUACUGCACAUUGAUUUUGGAGACUGUUUUGAAGUGGCGAUGACGCGAGAAAAGUUCCCAGAAAAGAUUCCGUUUAGGUUGACAAGGAUGUUGAUAAACGCUAUGGAAGUAACCGGAAUCGACGGGACCUACAGACGAACCUGCGAAUCUGUGAUGUCUGUGUUACGCAGAAAUAAGGACAGCUUGAUGGCUGUUUUAGAAGCAUUUGUAUACGAUCCUUUAUUCCAUUGGAGACUGAUGGACACUACGAUGAGGAACAGAUCCAAUACAGGAGAUAUUGGAUCAUUCUCUACAGGAACUUCUCAAGAUCACGACCUUAUCGAAUCGCUAAGCAUUACAUUGAACAAGAAGAGCUUAAGAGCGACAGAAACGGUCACCGAGGGUUCACAACCAGAAGCAGUGAACAAGAAAGCUGUUGCCAUCAUAAACAGAGUCAGAGACAAGUUGACUGGUAACGAUUUCAAACUGGACGAACCUUUGACUGUAGAGAAGCAGGUCGACCUCCUAAUUCAACAUGCUACUAGUAACGAAAACUUGUGUCAGUGUUAUAUCGGAUGGUGUCCAUUUUGGUAAAUUGAUUUUCACUAUAGCACUGGAUACUGCAAGCCUUUACAACUUUUUGACGUGACCCGCAUAGUACUCGAGAAUUCAAGCAUCUUUUUGUCGUAAAGGCUUUCAAUCACACUUUCUUCCUCAUUUGGUAACGAGUCAUUAGAAUUUUCACUUCGAAAAACAACAUUGUUAUCAACGACUGAAGUGUUGGAAUGUAAACAAAACGCUGCCAGCGCCUCUAUCGGUAAUUAAUGUGAAUAUUUUAUGAUUUGGUCAAACAUGCUCGACUAUAGGUAUAUUCUUUAAUUCACCGAUUGACAGCUGAUGUGAUGACGUCAGCAACCGGUUCCGUUGAAUGGUCGUUAAUAAAGAGACGCAUUUUUAGCCUUCAGGUUGCUGUCAUAUGAGAAAACCUAAUCUUUGUUUUAUCGUAACUGGAUACUUGUUAAUUUGAACACCGUAUCAUUUAAAAUCGUUAUGGCAAUGUACGCAGCAGUUGGUAUUGUCGUGGAACGUUUGUUAAGCGAUUCGAGUGAUGAUUCGGAUGAAGAAGUUAUCCAGCGGAGAGAAUUUGCGCUCCGAGAAUCAAUAUAAGAACUAUAAAUCAGAAAAACAAUCAAUUUUCAGAUAUCGACGAUCUCAAAUCAAUACGAGGCAUUGAUUUGAGAUCGUCGAUGCUUCCCGAAUAAGAACCAUCGAUAUGGAUUUUCUGAGAGAAUUCCUGUAUACAUACAGGAAUAAAAACAGAACAAAAUCAUAAAAUCGACAUUUUCGGACUUACGAGGUAUUUAUUUGAGAUCUUCGAUAUGCAUAAUUCAAAACAAAUUCACUUGCUUUCAGAUGCUCUAUUUAUUUCGAAUUGUGUUGAAAAAAACAUUAAAUUUCACGCGACUCCUAUGCUGUAGAAUAACUUCCUCCAUUUUUUCACACAAAACUGUAGUUGUCAAAAACUGAUAAAAUGUAGAGGUUAGAAUAUCGUGGAUCAACCAAGCCCGAACUUCGGUGGAUGCUGUUGGCACCGGUGGAAUAUCCACGAUCAAUAUAAAGACAAGUUUGAUGUACAACCGGUCGUUCCAGCGAAAAUUAAAGGACGCAAAAUUGGCUAACCGGUUGCUUAACCGGUGAAUUAAAGAAUAUACCUUAUUUCGUGAAGUAGCCGCGCAUUCGUUAAACGAUUUGUCAUCAUUGAUCUGGUAAACACGAUCUGGCCAAUAGAUAAUAAUACUUUUAAUUAAAUGCGACUAUUUCAUGAAAUGCUUGCCCCUCAUAUAUACGCCACUGUUCUGAAGUACGUUUUUGUUUCGCAAUAAAUUCACCAAUUAAAACAUAGCAAACCCCCAAAUAUUGUAGUAUGUUCAAUAUCUGGUAAAGAAAACAUAUUUAUCUUGUGGUGCUUUACAUCUUGGUUCAAUUUUUGAUCAAUUAUUUUUCUAGAUAAUUCAUACUAUAUACAGAUUCUAAAAUACUGUAAGCAGGUCCGGCUUCAGAGUUUUGUGCGCCUUGAGGAAAAGGAUGAAAUAUGCGCCCACCCCCGUAUUAAUUGAUAACAAUGGCGGAUUCAGCUUUUGAUUCGGGGGAUCACAGUUGCGAAUUUAGAAAGCUGUCUAGAGGGAGAGGGCGCAGUGAUGGUAUCAGGAUUAAUGCUCACGAAGAUGUUCGUCUACGAGGGAGAGCUAAUUCCGUUCAGCUAAAAGAGCGGUAGGAGAGUGGGGUAACUCCCCCAGAUCCGCCCUUGCCGCGCCUGUAGCCGGCCAUACAGUCAAAUUACUUAAAGGCGAUUAUACGGAGGUAUCCCGUUAACUGAAGCCUUCAAAUUUCAAACAAACUGACGCAUAAUUGAAAAUCCCGCUUUUUGGGGAAUAUUUAAUAACAUCGUAAUAAAAUGUAUCAGUAUACUGAUAAUGCUUCGACAUCAGCAAAAAUCUCGGCUUUGACGAACAAUACAUGUUCAAUUUUGUGGUAUGAUUUUUUUUCACUGUAAUAUGUUCUAAGUUCUAUUCCGUUUUCGGUUGUUGUUUGUUUUGUUAGCGGUAGGUAAUUACAAGAUCUUCGGUCCUGUUGCUUUUGACAGUACUGUUAACUAAAUUGUCUUUUUCAAGUGCAUACUCAUUACUCUUGUGUAUUGGUGAGAUAAUUUGUGUAUGAACACAUAACCGUUAACGAAAUUAAGGAGGUAUUUAUGGUAACUUUCGUUUUUGCUUGUUCCCAAUGUAUGAGUCAUAUUCUGAUUAACUGUUGUUUUUGGGUGGAUGCCAUCCAUUUCUGUGGUAUUUACCUGUGAGUUUAUAUUUCUAGAUGUACUCGUAGGUGUAAAAAGAGUUGUAUUUACAUAUAUCUUGUGUAAACUUUAUAUAUUAAUAAAGGAGUUUACUGUUAAAA